UGUGGUUACCUAAAUUGCCCCUCUUCUUCCAAACUUGGCCGACUGCUUAGUUAUUGUGCUCUUUCCUUUUCAGAUCUCACCAUCUCUCCUCUGUUACUCCCUUUCUUCAAUUGAGGCUCAAACCAGCACCUCACGGCCAGAACGACGUCGUUAUUGACACUCCCAGAUGGAAGUUGAAGAAGAAAAAGAAGCUUUCCCUAGUAAUAAUGAUUGCUUAGCGGAGGGAAAAUGCGACGGCCAGAUUCUAAAAGAAAUAAAUAGUGAACCCACUGAAUCGUUUGAUGUUCAAAAUAGCUUACCCGAAGGAAAGAAAGAGUUUGUUGCUCCAGCUGUUGGAAUGGAGUUUGAAUCUUACGAUGAUGCUUAUAAUUAUUAUAAUUGCUAUGCUAAGGAAGCCGGGUUUCGUGUUAGGGUUAAGAAUUCUUGGUUUAAGCGGAACAGUAGAGAGAAAUAUGGUGCUGUGCUUUGUUGUAGUAGCCAGGGUUUUAAAAGAAUCAAAGAUGUUAACCGUCUUCGGAAGGAAACUAGGACUGGUUGCCCUGCUAUGAUAAGGAUGAGAGUCGUUGACUCAAAACGAUGGCGGGUGCUUGAGGUUACACACGAGCAUAACCACUUAUUAGGUGCCAAAAUUUAUAAAUCUGUUAAGAAGAUGGGCUCCGGAGCAAGAAGUAAGUUGCAAUCGAGUUCUGAUGCUGAAGUGCAAAAGAUCAAGUUGUAUCGAGCAUUAGUGAUAGAUGCCGUGGGUAAUGGGACUCCGAACUGCAAUGCAACAGGAGGUAGGAAGUUCUCUGAUCACCCACAUCAGCUCAAUCUUAGAAAGGGUGACUCGCAAGCUAUUUAUAACUACCUUUGCCGUUUGCAGCUGACUAACCCGAACUUCUUUUACUUGAUGGAUUUCACUGAUGAAGGGUGUUUGAGGAAUGUAUUCUGGGUUGAUUCGCGAUGUAGGGCAUCUUGUGGCUAUUUUGGGGAUGUCAUUUAUGUUGAUAACACUUGCAUGUCAAAUAGAUAUGAGACUCCCCUUGUGGCACUUGUUGGAGUAAACCAUCAUGGCCAAACCGUGUUACUGGGUUGUGGCCUGCUUGCUGGUGAGACAGUUGAGUCUUAUACUUGGUUAUUCAAAGCAUGGCUUACAUGUGUGUCAGGACAGUAUCCUCAAACCAUUAUUACAGACAGAUGCAAGGCUUUGCAGACUGCAAUUGCCGAGGUGUUCCCCAAAUCUAAUCAUCGCUUCAGUUUGUCACUCAUAAUGAAAAGAGUUCCAGAAAAGUUGGGAGGAUUGCGUAAUUAUGAUGCAAUUAGAAAGACAUUUGUUAAGGCAGUUUUUGAAACACUUAAAGUGAUUGAAUUUGAAGCAGCCUGGGGAUUUAUGAUCCAGCAUUUUGGUGUCACUGAUCAUGAAUGGCUUAGAUCAUUAUAUGAAGAUCGAGCUCGGUGGGCUCCAGUUUAUCUAAAGGACACAUUUUUUGCUGGACUAUCUGCUUCGAGGCCUGGUGAGAAUUUAAGUCCCUUUUUUGAUAAGUAUGUGCACAAACAAACCCCUUUAAAAGAGUUUCUUGAUAAGUAUGAAUUAGCAUUACAAAAGAAGCACAAGGAAGAAACUCUUGCUGAUAUUGAGUCAAGAAAUUCCAGCCCUGAAUUGAGAACAAGAUGCUCCUUUGAGUUGCAACUCUCCAAGUUGUACACAAGAGAAAUUUUCAAGCGGUUCCAGUUUGAGGUAGAGGAGAUGUAUUCCUGUUUUAGUACAACACAGUUACAUGUUGACGGGCCUAUAAUAAUAUUCUUGGUCAAGGAGAGAGUGUUGGCUGAAGGAAAUAGGAGAGAAAUCAGGGAUUAUGAAGUACUUUAUAACAGAUCGGCUAGCGAAGUUAGAUGCAUUUGCAGUUGCUUUAAUUUCUAUGGAUAUCUAUGCCGGCAUGCAUUGUGUGUGCUUAACUUCAACGGUGUUGAGGAGGUCCCGUCCAAGUACAUUCUCUCACGAUGUAAAAAGGAUUACAAGCGCUUCUAUGUUCCAGACCAAGGUUCGUAUAACGUUGAUUCCAUUGAUCACAUGCAAUGGUUUAAUCAGUUGUAUAGAAGUGCCUUGCAAGUUGUGGAGGAGGGGGCAAUAUCUUUAGACCAUUACAAAGUUGCAUUGCAAGCUUUUGAAGAUUCAUUGAAUAGAGUUCACGUGGUAGAAGAAAAGCAAGAUUAAUAAUAUACAUUGUGAAGGUACAGGGUUUUUAUAAAUAAUGUUGGUCUUCCUUUUCCUUUCUUAUGGAACCAUCAUUUGUCAUCAAGGUUCUAAUCGUUUGCUGCUUUGUGCAGAGCAUUAGCCCAAGUAGUAUAGCAUGUGAUGUACAUAAAUUGAUCAUAUAAUUGCAUUAGUGGUAAAGGAUUUCCCCACCCUCAUUUUAUCCUUGAUAGAUAUAACUAUACAUAGCAUUGUCAUAAAGGAAAUUGUUGAUAUUUGAUCAUGUGGGGGGUUUAAUAAGAAAUGUAUGUUCCUUGCAAGUA